GAAUCGGUCAGUUUGAAUUGUGAAUUAUUGUUACUUUGCAGUAAAAAUAUUCAAUAAAGACGACAUGUAUUUAUUUGGUAUUUUGGUUAUUUGCUCAUCAAUUUCAAUGCCAAAAGCGUUUGACUUGCAUUCAUUAGACUAUAUCGAUGAAAUAAUAUCAUUCGUUACCGAGAGUUCUUCGGAUGAAACAUCCGGUCAACAAUUGGAUCAAUUGAAAAUUGAUAAUGAGAAAAAUUAUGCCAAGAUAAUUAAUAAAUAUUUUACAGAAACUCCGCAUUUGAAUGUAACGGAUGAAGAUUAUGAGGAACUAAAAGGACUGAUUGGAAAAAUUGAUAAAGCUUGGGAACAAUUUGGGACCAAAGACUUAACAGAUCAUGACAAAAAUGAACUGAGCGAUUUGCCUGAGACUCUUAGUCAGCUGUACGAAAUUUAUGUAGGGAAUGAUGGAGAUAAUUUUCCCACUCGCGUUGCUGAAGAUGAACGUCCAGAAUUAUGUGAAAUGAAACGUUAUGAACAAUUUAGACUACGUAAAUUACAUCAAGCAGUUGUUCUAUCUGAGCUCAGAGGAUUUAUUUUGAGUCUCAAGUCAUCGGAUGACGUUGAUAAAACUACAGCACGCGCUAUUUUACAUUCAGAAGAAUAUAUUUUAGCAACGCAAAGUGGGUUCAAAGAAACUACAGAUUUGUUACGUCGCUGUGAUCCACCUAAACAUAUUCGUGGAAAAACAUUUUCGGAAUUUUUGGGUCUAUUUCAAGGGGUUAUUGUCAAUGAUCAACACACAAGUGCAGGUGAUGGUAGGUGUUCAACAUCAUGCGAUGGUCUCGAUUUUUCUCGUAUCGAUAAAUGUUACGGUUAUUAUGAUAGGUAUGAAGAAUACAUAACACAUUGUCAUGAAAAGCGUUGCAAUGGGAUACUUUAUGAUUGUGCUCACAUCGGGAGGACGUACGCCUGUGAACUGAAUAAAAAGUCUGAUAGACGGUUUCAGUGGGCAGAGCUUCUUGACUACAACAGGAAAAUACUAGGCGAAUCUGCGGAUUCGUGUGAGGGAAAGAAAGUUGUCAUAGACGAAAUUACUAAAUCGAGGGAUACUUGUUAUACUUGCUCGUGUACUUGCGCUGAACAAGAUGGCAAGUCUACUGCUAUUAGGACAAUUAGUUUGAUACCACAAUAUGCAGACAUUGAAAAUAAUAUGGUAGUUACUGGAGUAAGUUUCGUGGAAAAAAAUGAAGUAUUCCAUAUUCAAAUUGAGCAAAGUAAAUUAGGACCUUAUGGUGAAAUAGUACCAGGGACAUCAACGUGGAAAAAAUUACCCCGAUUUUCUUAUAAUUCAGAGGACAGUGGCGGCUUUGUCAUAAAGAAUAAUAAUAAAAAAAUUAAAAAAAUAUUAGUCAAUGAGGAAGAUUUUAAAUUUAUUACCCAUGAUAGCAGAACAAUAAAUAUCGAUCAAUUAAAAACACCAAAGGGUGAAAUAAUUGUUGAAGUUACUUUUGCUUAUAAUAAACGAGCAGAAGCUGUUGAAUUAGAAAUUCUUUCUUGGCCGUUUGAUUACAAAACUGGUAAACUAGAAGAUCCCAUUGAUUUGGAUGACGAGGAUGCUGAUUUCGAUAUAGAAUGGAUAAAUUGGCAAAAUACACCAAGACGUUCAAGUGAAUACGAUAGAAAGAGACGUCUUUUAAGUUUGUUGAAAUUGGAUGAUCCCGUAAAAGCAACAAGUGAAAAUGUGCAAUAUUCAUAUCCCAAUGAAGCACUUAAAAUACGAGCUACUGGUUAUGGAUUAGACAUGGCCCAACACACUAUUCCUUAUAUUGAUUUACAGCCGGUAGCAUUAUCAGAUCUAAAAGCACCGCUCAGUGGAUUGGAAUUUAUUUACCGAAGAAAGAAAGGUUAUGGAGGUUUUUUGGGUUUUAAAAUACGUGGGUACGAUUUUUAUGAUUUUUUCGGUAGUGAAAUGUCACAAGAUGAUUUAGACAAAUAUAAAAAUGAUUUCGAUGAAAAUAUUGUUAUUGAUAUACCAACUAAAUCCGAUUAAUUAUAUAAUAAUUAUAUUUUUCUUUGACUAUAUAUUAGUUUAUAAUCAUUUCAACU